CUGCUGCGCGCUCCCGCCCCGCCCGGUCGGUCAGUCAGUCACGGUGCGCGCGGCGCGAGAGCUGCGGGCGCUCACGGCGUCUCCGGGGAAGGAGCGCCGCGCCUUAGGAGGCGGCGGGGUGGCGGCGGGAGCAGCGCGAGCAGCGCGAGCGGCGGCUGGCCAGCCCGGGGCCGCUGGAGGAUCGAGCAGCUGCCGCGAUGGAGCAGCUAUCAGAUGAAGAAAUUGACCAUGGUGCUGAAGAAGACAGUGAUAAGGAAGAUCAGGACCUGGACAAAAUGUUUGGAGCCUGGCUAGGGGAGCUAGACAAACUCACUCAGAGCUUAGAUUCUGACAAGCCCAUGGAACCAGUAAAAAGAUCUCCUCUUCGUCAGGAAACAAAUAUGGCCAAUUUUUCUUAUCGCUUCUCCAUAUACAACUUGAAUGAAGCUCUGAAUCAGGGAGAAACUGUGGAUCUGGAUGCCCUGAUGGCCGAUCUUUGCUCAAUAGAGCAGGAGCUCAGCAGUAUUGGUGCAGGAAAUAGUAAGCGUCAAAUCACAGAAACAAAAGCUACUCAGAAAUUACCUGCUAGCCGACAUGCAUCAAAACAUGGCACUUUGAAAGGAUUGUCGUCCUCGUCUAACAGAGUAACUAAAGUGUCACAUGCCAACUACUCCCUGGAUGACAUCACUGCACAAUUAGAACAGGCUUCCUUGAGCAUGGAUGAGGCUGCUCAGCAAUCUGUACUAGAAGACACUAAGCCGUCAGUAACUAAUCAGCACAGAAGAACAGCAUCAGCAGGCACAGUGAGCGAUGCUGAAGUGCGCUCUAUUAGUAACUCCUCUCGUUCUAGCAUCACCUCUGCAACGUCCAGCAUGGACUCAUUGGAUAUUGAUAAAGUAACACGCCCUCAAGAACUGGAUUUGACACAUCAGGGGCAGCCAAUUACUGAGCAUGCUAUUUCUCUGAGAUGCCCCAGCAAGCAGGCCAAGCAUCAUACUGACUUCACAGAAGAACAGGCUGAGCUGACACCUCACUCCUAUCUGGACAGGGAAACCUCCCUUCUUCUGAGAAACAUUGCAGGAAAACCUUCUCAUUUGCUGACCAAGGAAGAACAGGCAGCAAAAUUGAAAGCUGAGAAGAUCAGAGUUGCCCUGGAGAAAAUUAAAGAGGCUCAAGUGAAAAAGUUGGUGAUCAGAGUUCACAUGUCUGACGAUAGUUCUAAAACAAUGAUGGUGGAUGAGAGGCAGACGGUGAGACAAGUGCUGGACAACCUAAUGGACAAAUCCCACUGCGGUUAUAGUUUAGACUGGUCACUCGUAGAAACCAUCUCUGAAUUACAAAUGGAGAGAAUCUUUGAAGACCAUGAAAACUUGGUUGAAAAUCUUCUUAAUUGGACAAGAGAUAGCCAAAACAAGCUUAUAUUUAUGGAACGUAUAGAAAAAUAUGCACUCUUCAAAAACCCACAGAAUUAUCUUCUGGGGAAAAAGGAAACCGCUGAGAUGGCAGAUAGAAAUAAAGAAGUGCUGUUGGAGGAAUGUUUUUGUGGAAGUUCUGUAACUGUACCAGAAAUUGAAGGAGUCCUGUGGCUGAAAGAUGAUGGUAAAAAGUCCUGGAAAAAGCGUUAUUUUCUCUUGCGAGCAUCUGGUAUCUACUAUGUCCCUAAAGGAAAAGCAAAGGUCUCUCGAGAACUGGUGUGCUUUCUCCAACUGGAUCAUGUCAAUGUUUAUUAUGGACAGGACUAUCGGAACAAAUACAAAGCACCCACAGAUUAUUGUCUGGUGCUAAAGCACCCACAGAUCCAGAAGAAAUCUCAGUAUAUCAAGUACCUUUGUUGUGAUGAUGUGAGGACCCUGCACCAGUGGGUUAAUGGUAUUCGCAUUGCAAAGUAUGGGAAACAGCUCUACAUGAACUAUCAAGAAGCCCUGAAGAGGACAGAGUCGGCUUAUGAUUGGACUUCCUUAUCCAGCUCCAGCAUUAAAUCAGGAUCCAGUUCUUCGAGCAUCCCAGAGUCUCAGUCAAACCAUUCGAACCAGUCUGACAGUGGAGUGUCUGACACUCAGCCAGCAGGACAUGUCCGCUCCCAGAGCAUUGUGAGCUCCAUCUUCUCUGAAGCCUGGAAACGGGGCACUCAGUUAGAAGAGUCCAGCAAGGCCAGAAUGGAGUCUCUGAAUCGACCCUACACUUCACUUAUGCCCCCUUUAUCCCCACAGCCCAAGCUGAUCACCCCCUACACCGCCUCACAGCCUUCCCCACCUCUGCCGCCCCCGCCCCCACCCCCACCCCCACCCCCGCCCCCUCCCCCCCCACCUCCCCCUCCCCUGCCCAGCCAGUCUGCACCUUCUGCAGGCUCAGCAGCCACGAUGUUUGUCAAGUACAGCACAAUAACCAGGCUGCAGAACGCUUCUCAGCACUCAGGAGCCCUAUUCAAGCCUCCACCACCCUCAGUGAUACAGUCUCUGGCUUCCACCCCACAGUCAGGAAAACCUCAGAUCCUGGUGCCCCCCAAUGGAGUGGUUCCCCCACCCCCUCCUCCGCCCCCACCCCCCACCCCGGGCUCAGCUAUGGCCCAGCUAAAACCGGUGCCCUGCACCCCAUGCCUCCCACAGUUCAGCCCUCCCCCUCCCCCUCCCCCGCUGAAGAUUCAUCACGUGCAGCAUGCCACUCAAGUGGCUCCUCCCACACCACCACCUGCCCCUCCUGCCCCUGCACCCCUCCCUCCCCAGGCACCUCCCAAACCCCUUGUGACUGUGCCCCCACCGACUGGCACCAAGACCGUGCCACCUGUCAUGACACAAGCUGUGCCACCUACACCUGCUCCUCCAGCUCCCCCUGCAAAAAAGCAGCCAGCUUUUCCUGUUUCCCACAUUCCACCCUCUCCCCCUGCUCCUCCUGGCCCUAUUCCGCCACCCACGUUACCCAAGCAGCAGAGCUUCUGUGUAAAACCACCUCCCUCCCCACUAUCUCCGGUGCCCUCGGUGCCCUCGGUAGUGAAGCAGAUAGCCAGCCAGUUUCCACCCCCCCCAACCCCUCCUCACGUGGAGUCACAGCCCUUAAAGCCCCCCACAGCAAAUGUGGCCCCUCAGUCCCCUCCUGCUGUAAAAGCAAAACCUAAGUGGCAGCCCAGCUCCAUCCCUGUCCCUUCUCCGGAUUUCCCUCCUCCUCCACCUGAGAGCAGCCUGGUGUUUCCUCCACCACCACCACCACCACCACCACCACCACCACCACCACCGGGCCCGCCACCACUGCCAGCCACACCCACAGCUUCUCCAGCCUCCGCCUCCGACAAAAGUGGAUCUCCUGGCAAAAAGACCAGUAAGACGUCCAGCCCCGGGGCAAAGAAACCUCCCCCAACCCCACAGCGAAACUCCAGCAUUAAGUCCAGCGGUAGCGCAGAGCACCCUGAGCCCAAAAGACCCUCCGUAGACAGUCUAGUGAGCAAGUUCGCAUCGCCAGCAGAACCGUCAGGGUCUCCCAGCAAAGAGAGCCCCCCUCCGGCAGCACCCCCCAAACCUGGAAAACUGAAUCUUUCUGGAGUUAACCUUCCCGGAGUUCUCCAACAAGGAUGUGUAUCAGCAAAAGCAUCCGUUCUGAGUGGACGUGGAAAAGACUCCGUGGUAGAAUUUCCUUCUCCUCCAUCUGAUUCUGACUUUCCACCUCCUCCACCUGAAAUAGAGCUUCCUCUGCCCCCCAUAGAGAUUCCGGCAGUAUUCUCGGGAAACACCUCUCCAAAAGUGGCAGUUGUCAAUCCUCAACCCCAGCCAUGGUCCAAAACAUCCGUGAAGAAGGCCCCUCCCCCCACACGACCCAAACGGAAUGACAGCACCCGCCUCACUCAAGCAGAGAUCUCUGAGCAGCCAACAAUGGCCACAGUUGUGCCACAAGUGCCCACCUCUCCCAAAUCCAGCCUUAGUGUCCAGCCUGGAUUCCUAGCUGACCUCAACAGGACACUGCAACGGAAGUCCAUCACCCGGCAUGGCUCACUCUCCUCCUCCCGCAUGUCCAGAGCAGAACCCACAGCCACCAUGGAUGAUAUGGCAUUGCCCCCGCCCCCCCCUGAACUGCUUUCUGAUCAACAAAAAGCUGGUUACGGGGGGAGUCAUAUAUCGGGCUAUGCAACGUUGCGGAGAGGACCCCCUCCCGCUCCCCCCAAGAGAGACCAGAAUACCAAGCUCUCAAGAGACUGGUAGUAGCUACCAUAGGACUUUAUUUUCAUGGUGUCUGUAAUCAGUUCUACAAUCAGCUCACCUGAUCACCUAUGAAUUCUGGUGUUCAGAGCCUCCUAGUAUGAUGUUGUUAUUCAGGUAGUAUCCAGCUCUAUGUGUGUGUACAUUUGCGUGGACACACAUAGCUAUACACAUAUAGUGUGUGUAUGUAUAUGUAUAUAUAUGUAUACAUAUAUGUAUGUGUAUAUGUAUAUAUAUAGCUGAGAGUGAAUCUAUUUAUUCCUUUUCUCUCCUAAUCUGAAAAUGGGUUUGUGUAUCUUGGGUGGAAGAGGCCUGGAAGGGGAUUGUGUCCUGUCCCUUAUGAUUUCUAUUAUCUAUCAUGUGGAUUGGACCAAAAACUUAUAAUGACUUAUUUAGAAGGCAUUUUAUAAGUGUCCAUGCACAGCCUGUCUGUGCACGUUGUGUAUUAUAUCUUAAGGAAUAGAUGUAUUAUGUGCUGGUGUCUCAAUUUGAGAAGACAACAGAAUGUUUGGUGUACCAAUGGGGCUUUUGUGUUUGUUUUUUCCCCAUUUGGCUGAAGUUCGAACUGCUUGACUGACACUUCAUGACUGUACAUGAAGGGGCACUUUAAAUCAGGAAACUCUGUCAGCAUCACGGAUGGAGAAAUAGUGCAGUAUGGGGAAGUUUUCACAGACACCAUAUCUGUUCGUGCUCGUGCAUAGGCAGUAAAUAUAUGAUGUAACCAAACCAUUCUAGUUGCAGUAUUGCUGCCAUGAUCCCACCCGUAUCUAGGAUGUGUUCUGUCACAGGUAAGCUCUUCACCUACAAUACAUGGAUAAUUUAGUACUAUAAUCCCGGGUAGUUCUUUUUGUACCGUUGGAAUCUUUUUCAUAAGCUUUGCGAAGCCUCAUCAAGCUUGGCUUCAUGAUCCUUGCUUUGAUUUGUUGUGAGAGAAUGUCUGACACAGUACCCCUGGAAUGCUCCGUCCCACCAGUUGUAGUGUGUGCUUUAGGUAGACGUUGAUAGUAGGUAUCUGUAGACAAUUGCUAUAUCAAGUAUACACAUCCCAUGUCCGAAAUAGUGCAUCAUUACAAAAAACAAAGUUACCUUCUGAAAUGCGUAUUUUUUGUGUGUUGCUCUAGGAUGGGUGAUUAGGAAAGAACAAAACUGGCCCCUGUGCAGGUAUCAUUAAUCAGGUUGUACUUCGUUUAAGCAUGGGACUGUCCUACAGGGAGGGAAAAAUAUAAAUGAGCUUUUUGACAAUUUCAUCCUCAGCUACUGGAGUGCACUAGGAUUCUUGCUUGCCAUAGCUUGGUUGUGGAGAUUUGUCCAGGUUAACCAGGUGUUCUGAUGGAGUAGUGUAGUCCAAAGUGACAAUACAUGAUAUGCAUGUGCAAUUUGGUAUAACACAGAAUUGUCACUCUCAUCACACCCUACAAUCCUGUAUGUUUCACAUUAUACUUAGGCAAAUUUUUUUUUUGGUCCUGUGAAUUUUCCUUGGUAUGUGAACUAUGUACUGUCUCAUCAGUUUAUGAUGAUAAAGUGACCAUUACAAAUAAAAUGCAACCUCAGAGCUGCUCUUACACAAUAAAAACUAGCCAUCCCAGCAGUGAUAAAUGAGCACAUCUUGUAAAUGAAAGUCUCUACCUGUUGUGAAUACGGAUUACCAGUGCAAAAUAAGGAUUGUCCCAUAAGGAAAAAGUGAUGCCAUAGCAGUGGGGCAGAGAUAGUAAAUAAUUCAAAAAUAAGCAAAAGUUGUACUGUAUACACAAGAUAUUCCUAUAAAGCCACCUCCAGAAAAGUAUGGCACCAUAGAGGAUGUGAAGUGGCACCUCACCAUUGCCAUGGCCCCAGGGUAUCGGUCUGCAUAUUCAUGUGCUUACUGAGCAAUGUGUACCUUUGUGCAUUUUUUAAAGCCCUGCUUCUUUAAAAGGUACUUUGGACUUUUUCAUUUGUUCUCAAAGUUCUGUGUGCUUGAUAUCCUUAGGCUUUUAAAGCGACUUUUAACACAUCUGCGUUAAUUAAUUUAACAUGCACAGCAGUUUGGGUAAUGGUUGAAUACAGAUUGCCACGCUCCACUGUAACUCACGAGAGAAGGAAUUUCCCAUUGUGUUCUGCCUGCAGCUUUAUAUUCUAAGGAUCACCCUUAUUUGUGGGGUAAAGUUAUUAAUAUGAAUCCAGUGGCAUAUUCAUCACUAGGGUUUUUGUUGUGAUGGUGACCUUUAUAUAUAUGUAUACGUAUACGUAUAUGUGUAGAUAGGUGGACUUCAGCUUUGCUUGGGGGGGAGGGGGACAAUAAUGUGCCCUCAGUCUUCCUUCACCCAUGAUUUGAGCCCUAAGGUACAGCCGCUGUUUAGUCAUUGUAGGAUUCCUUAGGCCUUCUUGCCUGAUAGUCAUCUUGAACUGAAGCUUCCAGCAUAUCACUUUCCUGAAAGAGCAGCCAUCCUUUAGGAUGCUCAUGGCACGGAGAAGAGAGCAGGGCCAGAGGAGGAACUCUGUCAUUCUUUCCCCAAUCCAAUGGCUAGUCUACAAUAGGCUGUUUUCUUUUACCUAUCUCCAAAGACAGAGAAGGCUAUUAAUCAACUUUCCCAUUUGUUUUUUGUGAAAUGCUGAAUAAAAAAAAAAAAAAAAAAAGAUUGUACUUCUAGUGUUUUACUCCCUAGUGGAGUGUUUUUAAAUUUGGAUUUUUGUUGGGAUGUAGUUCUGUGGGCUUUUUUGUUUUGGUUUGGUUUUUUGACACUACUCCAUUCUCGUAACUUUUCUCUGGUGUGUUCGUGGAGAACACCUGCUGCCAAAGGACACUAAUACUGUGCCUUCUUCCACUGCCUUCUGCUCAGCAGCUCUUCCAACCCCACAUAGCUGCAUCUGGUCAGAGAAGAAAAUCUGGACAGCUGAGACUUGGCUGUGCUGAAAAAUGAACAGCAUGGAUGAGCUCAUCGUGCUGCUGAGGGCAGUGCAAACAGGUGCCUAUUUCAGCCAGUGACUCAGUUAAUUAGUGACCCCCUUAACUUCUACCACAGAUAAUUUCAGAAUUAGACCACCCUGGGCUUAAAGUUUUGGCACCAACUUGGAAAGGCGGCAGAGCCUAUUCUGUUGAUAAAACAACUUACACUAGGUUCUAGGUAAUAAUACAAAUGCUAGACUAUUCUGUAUUGCAGUUUUAUUCAGCUGGGCUUUUACUACUCAAAUACAUUAUUUCUUUAGCUGCUGUAAUUUUUUCUUAAGUAUUCUUAAGGUUUUCAUAGGUACUCAUUUAACUGUAAAUUUGUUUUUAAUUUUGGGGACUUUUUAAGAUGAGAAAGAUGACGUUUCAAAAUUACAGGAAAAUGAUUUUCAUGAGAAAAUUUCAAAGUAAUGUAGAUGUGAUGGUGUUUUACAGUCCUCUAAAAUCAAGGUGCUCCCGCCCACCAAUGGCAUACUCUGCUAAGGGCUGUGAACUUUCCUGGAAGUCCUCUCUCUGUGUAAGUUUACUUGCCACUAAAAACAAUGCCGAGUUUAUCAACAAAGUUUAAACAAAAUUGGGAGGUUGUGAAUAAGUAAUUCCAGUGGAGUGACAACUCUGAGAUCAAAAUUUAAUAGGAGCUGUGCAUCCAGUUAGAGUUUGAGAAGUGGCUGUUCUGGGGGAAUACAGCUGCUUAUCACCUUGUGUCAAGGAUGUAAGGUUAUAAAAUAGCCUGGAAAAAAAGUGUCAGGUAAUGGUAUGGAUUGGUUGUAUUUGACUAUCAAGCCACCAACAGAACCCUUUGUCACCUUUUUUCCCUAGUUUCAUGUUAACAAGCUUUUUCAUAUACCUUCAGAGCUAAUAAAUUAUAACUGAUAGAAUGUCUCACAUUUUAUUCAAGUUUAGACCAAUUAAACCUCUAUGGCCCUGUUUGAUUACAGGGGUAAUUACUUGCUUUAAGUAAAGUAGGUAUAAUAAUUUGGACUUACACACUUGAUGAUGUCUAGUCCUAAAACUCCCUUUCAGGUUGCAAGUAUCUUUUGGCACUUCGAGUCUUGUUUCAUUGACAUCACUUAUUUAUAUAAAGUGGGUUAUCCCGAACCCUGUAGGAAUAUGUGAUCACUCACAAGUUGAGAUUUGAUGUACAGAGAAAUGCAAUACAAUAUCCCACAAUUUUUUAAGAUUUAUUUUCCUUUAAACAUUCAGUAGAAGAACAUCUCUAUACCUUUACCAGGCUGUCUCUCCAACUAAACAAGUGCUCUGUUCUUAUUGUGCCCUCAGAAGGUCUGUGUGUAAAAGAAACCUGAAAUAUAGCUGUAGAGUAAAUUUGCUAAAUAAAAAGAAUAUACUUGACAAACACAUAAGGGAAAACAUCUCCAAUUCAUCUGCUCUUUGUUUGUUGAAGAGAAGACACUAUCUGCUAUAAUCCCCAGUGCCUUGAACUCUUUUGGAGGAAUAGCAUUUAAAAAAAAAAAAUCCAACAAGCAAACUUUGAGGUGCUAAUGAAAGAGAAGGAAGAUGAGUAUUUGUAGUUUGUGCAGAAAUAGAAAAAAUGUCUGUCUCACAAGAGAUGGCUUCAUCUAGCUGAAGAGUGGCCACUUUCUACCAAAGACAUUUAGAGAAGUAAGUCAAGUCAGGGUGAUGGCAAGUACUGCGUAUUAAAAGGUAGCUAAGUUCAGAAGUGACCACAUUGAUCACGGAUGGCUAUUAAUACCAAGCUCAUCAUUGUUGAAGCCUCAACCUCUUCUUAGGCAGAACAUGCUUGCAGCACUUAAAGUCUUUGCAUUUUGGGAACUGUCCAUUGUUAGAUUUAUUGUAACCUAUACCAAAAACUGCCACUUUUCAUGAUUCCUACUUCCUAUAUAUUUUUUCUCUACUUGUAAAUAAUCCCUCCUCGAAAAUAAGCAUUAACUGGAAUGUUUCAAAUGAUUUUGCUUAAUUUUAUCAUUAGCCACUAGUGAACUCCUUUUAUAGAAAUGUACAAUUACGGUAUCAUUAGCUUGUGCUAAAUAUUGUAAAAAUCAUUGUUUACUGUUUCAAAGGAAAAUUGCACAUUAUAUUUAACUGGGAUUGCUCGUUUUCCCAUUUCUUUAAAAAAUGGAGUCAAGGCUUACACUGACAUCCAGGCUGUGGGAGCUUUGUUAUAAAUAAAUAGAUACAGUGUAGGAAUAUAGUUUUUUAAAGCAUGAAAAAGGCGGCAAAAAGAACUGCAUUAUAAAGUACCUGAUAAGAGGACAUUUUUCAAACCAUUAUGAUUAUGCACAGCUCGGUAAAGGUGAAGUUACAGUUUUUCUUUCAGCUUUGUUGCUAUUUUCUUCUGCUUAAAUGUACGCUCUCAUUUCAUUAUGUGCCUUGCUCCCUGAUUGUGCAAACCUAUAUAUAGAUAUAUAUAGAGAUAUAUAUAUAUAUAUAUAUGAGAGAGAUAUAUUCAGUACUACUGACGAUGUUUUUUUUUGUUCUGCUGGAUUAAGUUAUUUUCCAAAUUACUCCUACCAGUUACUGUCGGUGAAAUAUUGUAAUGGCUUAGGACAGUAGUCAUACAGUCAGUGUAAAUUUGUUUUCAGUUAUGUGUUUUCAUUAUGUCAGCUUACCCAAUUCUUAAUAAAAAGAAUACAUAGAUUUCAUUUAAA